AGGUGCCUCAGACCACAAGAGAGCUCAGAGGACCUUCUGGAGUCAGCCAAGGAGCCGGCAUGGUGAAGCUGGCACCCUUGUCCGUGCCAUGGGAACGCAGGCUGCAGACCUUGGCGGUCCUGCAGUGGGUCUUCUCCUUCCUGGCCCUGGCCCAGAUUUGCACUGUAGUCUUCAUAGGCCUCUUGUUCACAAGAUUCUGGUCCUUCAGUAUCCUGUACGCGACCUGGUGGUACCUGGACCGAGACACACCACACCAGGGGGGCAGGCGCUCUGAGGCCAUAAGGUGUUGGCGCGUAUGGAAGUACAUGAAGAACUAUUUCCCCAUCUCGCUGGUCAAAACCACUGAGCUGGACCCCUCCCGGAACUACCUUGCUGGCUUCCACCCCCAUGGCAUCCUGGCGACCGGAGCUUUUACCAACCUGUGCACCGAGAGCACAGGCUUCUCCUCCCUCUUCCCCGGCAUCCGCCCCCAUCUGAUGAUGCUCAACUUGUGGUUUCGGGUCCCCUUCUUCAGGGAUUACAUCAUGUCUGGGGGGCUGGUUGCAUCAGACAAGGAGAGCGCUGCUCACAUCCUGAGCAGGAAAACAGGUGGCAACCUGCUGGGCAUCAUUACAGGUGGCGCCCAGGAGGCACUGAACGCCAGGCCUGGAAGCUACAAGCUGGUGCUUCGGAACCGCAAGGGCUUCAUCAGGCUCGCCCUGCGGCACGGGGCGGCUCUGGUGCCAAUCUUCUCCUUUGGGGAGAAUGACAUAUUUGACCAGGUAGAGAACUCACCUGGCUCCUGGCUGCGCUGGGGCCAGGACCGGCUACAGAGGAUCAUGGGGAUCUCCCUCCCGCUCUUCCAUGGCCGCGGUUGUGUCUUCCAGCACAGCUUUGGUUUUCUGCCCUACCGCCGGCCCAUCACCACCGUGGUGGGGACGCCCAUCGAGGUGCAGAAGACACCGAAUCCCUCGCAGGAGGAGGUGGACGGGCUGCACCAGCGCUACCUGAAGGAGCUGUCCAGGCUCUUUGAAGCCCACAAGCUCAAGUACAACGUCCCCAGCGACCAACACUUGGAGUUCUGCUGAGCGCCCGGGGGAGGCACCCAGCCCUCCUCAGCACUGGCAUUAGGGAGCCCAGAGGGAAGAGCCGUGGUCCCAGGAGGCUUCCUGGAGGAGGUGUCUGCUGAACCCAUCCCCAGAGCCUUCACGGACUGCGGUGCUGAUUUCCAGCCCAAGGCCGUCCCCGAGUCCCAGCUGGCAGCGUGCCAGAGGAGGGCAUCGGUCACUUGCCCUCCUGCUGUGAGUCUGGAGCAUGAAGCCCACACCCUGCUCUGCCCACGUGAGAAAUGGGAGAGAUGCCAGGAGAGAAUGGUGUCUGGGGUCUCUGUCCUCUGUGGUCCUGUCACUCGGUGGGCAGGAAAAAGAGCAGCCUCAAAGACCAGGUUUGUCUUCCGCUGACUGAAGCAACAGCACAGAGGAAGCCACCAGCUGCACUGCAGCCCUUUCUCCUGCAAGCUCCCUCAUCCUGCUCCCUUCUGUCCCGCCCCCUCCUCCCUAGCUGGAGAGGAGGGCGUGGCCAUGAAGCCCCUGCACUCGCCCUGGGCGCCUUUGACUCUCUGAGUCCCCUGAGCCCUGGAGAGGUAUUCAGAGGGGCCCGGAACGGGAGAAGGACAACUGGGCUUGUCACUGGCUGAAUGACCUUGGGCAGAACACUUUGCUGUCCCUCUGAGCCUCAGUUUCCCCUGACUAAGAUGACCUCUGGUCUCUGUUCUGAUGUCACAGGCUGAGAGCUCUAUGAUGCAGCUCCUACUUAUCCUUUGUAACUUCAUCCUUGACCUUGGUACAAAAUGGGGGUCUCCAUAAAUGUCAGUACAAGAAA